AUGGCUUCAAUAGGGCUAUUUGAAGCUUUCUUCUGUCUUCUCACAUUCUGUUACUUGUUUCACAAGAUAACCCCUAAAAUCUACCUUUGGAACUGGCCGGUUCUCGGUAUGCUUCCCGGUGCGCUUGUGAUUCUCCACCGUAUUUAUGACUGGAGUGUCGAAGUUCUCGAGAACUCCAACUUAACUUUCCUAUUCAAGGGAUCAUGGUUCGCUGGAAUGGAUAUAUUGGUCACCAUUGAUCCAGCUAAUAUUCAUUAUAUUAUGAGCUCAAACUUCUCAAAUUACAUCAAAGGUCCUGAGUUCCAAGAAGUUUUUGAAGCUUUUGGAGACGGGAUCAUCAACACGGACGCGGAGCUAUGGAGGAAUUGGAGGAACGCUUCUCAGGUUAUAUUCAACAAUCAAGGGUACCAAAACUUGUCAAAAAGUACCACCAGAAGAAAACUCAAAGACGGUCUUGUGCCUCUUUUCAGUCAAUUUGCAGAUGAAGAGAUGGUUGUGGACUUGCAAGAUGUGUUCCAGAGGUUCAUGUUCGAUACAACCUUCAUUUUUAUAACCGGGUCCGAUCCUAGAAGUCUCUGCAUUGAAAUGCCAGAGGUUGAGUUUGCUAAAGCUCUUGACGAUGUUGGAGAAGCGAUUCUGUAUAGGCAUGUUACACCGAGGUUCUUGUGGAAGCUUCAAAAAUGGAUUGGAAUCGGAACAGAGAAGAAGAUGACGAAAGCGAAUGCCACUUUUGAUCGUGUUUCCGCAACAUACAUAUCAGCCAAGAGAGACGAGAUCAAACAAGGGAAUGGAGAAAGCGAGGAUCUUUUGACAUGUUUCAUGAAGCUAGAUACAACCAAGUACGAGAUCUUGAAGCUGAGUGAUGAUAAGCUCCUCAAAGACUUCAUAGUAGGUUUCAUGGCAGCAGGGAGAGAUCCCACUGCUUCUGCACUCACUUGGUUCUUCUGGAUUCUGUCUGAAAAUCCGAACGUCUUAACCAAGAUUCUCCAUGAGAUCAACACAAUUCUACCAAGAAACGGAAGUGACCAAGACAAAUCAUCCUACUUGGACAAGUUGGUGUAUUUACAUGCCACAUUGAGUGAAUCAAUGAGGCUAUACCCACCAAUUCCAUUCGAACGCAAGUCUCCAAUCAAACCAGAUGUGCUUCCAAGUGGGCAUAAAGUCAAAUCAAAUCUCAAUAUUCUCAUCUUUAUUUACGCGAUGGGGAGAAUGAAAGCGGUAUGGGGAGAAGACGCAAUGGACUUCAAGCCAGAAAGAUGGUUUUCAGAGACAGGAGGGUUUAGACAUGAGCCUUCUUACAAGUUCUUAUCGUUCAAUGCCGGUCCAAGAACAUGCCUAGGUAAGAAUUUAGCUAUGAACUUAAUGAAGACAGUGAUCGUGGAAAUAUUACAAAACUAUGAGGUUAAGGUCGUCAAUGGACAAAAGAUUGAGGCAAAACCUGGUCUAAUUCUUCACAUGAAGCAUGGGCUUAAAGUCACGAUUUCUAAGAAACGUUCCAGCUUGGACUUGGAUGUUUGCUUUCUCAUAUUCUAUUACUUCCUCAACAAGAAACUCUUUGAUUACUACUCCCAGCAUAGCUACCCUUGGAGCUGGCCUGUUCUUGGUAUGCUUCCAGCUGUGCUUGUGAGAUUCAAUUGGAUCGAUGAUGCCAUCUGGAUUAUCGAGAAGACCAACUUGACGUUUCUAUUCAAAGGCCCUUGGAUCACCAAUGGGGAUUCGUUGAUCACAGUUGAUCCAGCUAAUAUCCAUCAUAUAUUGAGCUCAAACUUCUCCAACUAUGUCAAAGGACCGGAGCUAAAAGAGAUGCUUGAUGUUUAA